AUGACCGUCCGCACAGCAUGCUCAGCUGCUGGUCUAGCAGUCCACCUAGCCAGCCAGGCAAUACGCGCCGGAGAAUGCGACUCUGCGAUUGUCGCCGGGGCGAAUUUGAUGCUCUCGCCAGGCUUCACCAAACUCAUGGCCGAGCAGAGCGUGCUUUCGCCCGAUGCUUCAUGCAAGACGUUCGACGCCAGUGCUAACGGGUACGCCCGUGCAGAAGCCAUCAAUUGCCUCUACAUCAAAAAGCUCGACUGCGCGAUCCGCGACGGGAACCCGAUUCGUGCCAUCAUCAGAGGGUCAGCAACGAACUCUGACGGGAGGACCCUUGGCCUGACCACACCGAGUGCACAGGCACAGCAGCAGUUGAUUCGCGACGCAUAUCGACACGCAGGUAUACCAGAGAACGAGAUAUGGCAGACUGCCAUGGUUGAAUGCCACGGCACCGGCACGGUUGUGGGCGAUACCAUUGAGGCAUGCACUAUUGGCGCUGUAUUCGGAGAAAAAGGAAUGCUCAUUGGAUCCGUGAGUGUCAUGGCUUCGCUUUACCAAUAG